AAUAAUAAUUACUAUGAUGUACUAUGUAGUACUCUGGUGUCUGAUAUCUAUAGAGAAUAGAUAUUGUACGUCUUAUACUUAGACAACUGAUUUAUGAAAGUUACAUAAACUAAACUAUGAUUAGCAUAAGGCAUAUUAGAGUUUUUAAAACAGUAUACUGUAAGUUGUACACAACAAAUCAAUCCAACUGGGAUAUAAUGGCAAGUAUCUGUCUUCAACGAAAACCAAUAAUUACCAGAUCAUUGACAGAUAUUGAUAGAGAAUAUCAAAAAAUAUUGCAUGAAAUUGAAUUUGAAAGAAGCUUGAAAUCAGGUCAUGAGAUGAGGCAUGAUAAAGAUAUUAAAAGAAUGGAAAAUUUAAAAAAAGGUAAAGUUAACGAUUUGGAUAUUGAUCAAGCAGCUAGCAUAUCGGCACAAGAUUAUGUAGAUAUGAAUAAAGAAGAACUAACAACAUUUAAAUUUGCAAGUCGCAUAACAGAAGCUGAUAAACAAAAUAAUUGUAAAUCUCUCAAUAGAAAACUAGAAAACAAUUUGAUUUUGAUUUGUAAACAAAAACUGGGUCAUGACAGUUUUUGGUUAUUACCUCAAGGUUUAUUGAAAAAAGGUGAAACUUUAAGGCAAUCAGCGGAAAGAGUUUUAAAAGAGUCUUGUGGCGACAAUUUAAAAGCAAGAUUUUAUGGAAAUGCACCCUGUGGGUUUUAUAAGUUUAAAUAUCCAAAAGAGAAACGAGAACAAUCUGGAGUUGAAGGAGCGAAGAUAUUUUUUUAUAAAGCAAGAUUACUGGAAGUCCAAUUUGACAACAAAUAUUCCUGGGAAAAUUAUGAAUGGGCAACAGAACAGGAAAUUGUGAAUAAAUUUGUUCAGCCUUACAUAAAAAGUGUAAAAUUAUUUUUAUCAAAUAAUAUUGUAACAGUAUAAAUUAAUUAGAAAUAAAGUAAUUGUUAGAAAUAUAA